CAUGAAGAUUGAAGAAACAUUCAGUGUGAAACAUGAAGAUACUGAGGAACAAACAGACCUGAUGGCACUGAAAGAGGCUAGCCAUGAACUUAAUGAAAGGGAAGAAGAGAAAGAACAUAAUGAUAAACAUCAUGAUUUCAUGACUGGAGAAAGAUUGAUACAGGCUAAAAAGUGUUCCUCACAAAAAAAAGAUCAAAAGACAGGAACUAAAAGAUAUUUCACCUGCCAACAGUGUGGAAAGAGUUUUGACCAACAUAGAAACCUUCAAGUCCACACGAGAAUUCACACUGGAGAAAAGCCUUACACCUGUCAACAGUGUGGAAAGAGUUUCACACUUAAAGGAAACCUUGCAAUCCACAUGAGAUCUCACACUGGAGAAAAGCCUUACACCUGCAAACAAUGUGGAAAGAGUUUCAGUCAAAAAGCAAGCCUUACAGCCCACAUGAGAAAUCACACUGGAGAGAGUCCAUUUGCCUGUGAACAGUGUGGAAAGAGUUUCACACGUGAAGAAAGCCUUAAAGUCCACAUGAGAAUUCACACUGGAGAAAAGCCUUACACCUGCAAACAAUGUGGAAAGAGUUUCAGUCAAAAAGCAAGCCUUAUAGCCCACAUGAGAAUUCACACUGGAGAGAAACCUUUCACCUGUCAAGAGUGUGGACAGAGUUUCACUGUAAAAGGAAACCUUGAAAUCCACAUGAGAGUUCACACUGGAGAGAAACCUUUCACCUGCCAGCAAUGUGGACAGAGUUUUACACUUAAAGGAAGCCUUAAAGUCCACAUGAGAUCUCACACUGGAGAAAAGCCUCACACCUGCAAACAAUGUGGAAAGAGUUUCAGUCAAAAAGCAAGCCUUAUAGCCCACAUGAGAAUUCACACUGGAGAGAAACCUUUCACCUGUCAAGAGUGUGGACAGAGUUUCACUGUAAAAGGAAACCUUAUAGCUCACAUGAGAAAUCACACUGGAGAGAGUCCAUUCACCUGUGAACAGUGUGGAAAGAGUAUCAGUGGAAAAGGAAACCUUAAAGACCACAUGAGAAUUCACACUGGAGAGAAACCUUUCACCUGCCAUCAAUGUGGACAGAGUUUUACACAUAAAGGAAACCUUAAAGUCCACAUGAGAGUUCACACUGGAGAAAAGCCUUACACCUGCAGUCUGUGUGGGAAUGGCUUCAAACAAGAACAAAACCUUAAGGAACACAUGAAUAUUCACACUGGAGAGAAGUCUUUUACAUGUGUUCAUUGUGGAAAGAGUUUCAGAUUUAAAGGUCAACUUUCAGCCCACAUGAAAGUUCACACUCAAGAGAAGGCGAGAAGUUCUCGAAAUCGUCGCUGUGGAAAGAGCAAGGAUGUAAAAAAUACAUGAAAACCAUACUUGGGUAAAAGCAGAAAUACCUGACAGCAAAAAAUCUAAUACAACUUGAGUAAAAACAUCUUGGAGCAUCUGAUUUUAACAUUACUUUAGUAUUUUACUCAUGCUAAAUGUAGGCUCAGAGAUGCACUAGUCUUCGAUACCUGAGAGAAAUGCCAGUAAAAAUAAUCAAUUGAUUUGAUUGAUGAGAAAUCAUGUUUAUUUUCUAAAAUCAAAAUAAAACUGAAUACCUCAACAUUGUAAUAAAUCAACAGUCUACAAAAAGUCUCAGUUAAGCACAAGUGCCCAAAAAAGCCACAAGUAAACCAAUAUCCUUCAUAAAGGUCUUGUCAAUACAGCGGAUAAAUAAAAUAAUGUUAAGUAGUUACAGUCAACUUGCUCUGGAUAUGUUGGUUUCUGUCAGAGCAGGGACUAAGACUCAGGUCUCCAGUGUGAGAGUCAGACUCCCAAUCCUUGAGCCAAUAGAGAAUGAUGAAUGCAACAGUAAGACGCACUUUGGAGAAGUUGAGAUGCAGAAUAAGUUUUUAAUAAAAGUUCAAGUAACAAAAAAUCCACAGCUGAAGCAAAAACAGCAAAAGAAGUUCUCAAAAAAACAAAAACUGUCCAAAUGGGCAUCCCACAAGAAAUAAUCCAAAGAUGAGGAAGUCUACAAAAAAAUAACAGAAGGAAAAAUCCACAGGCAAGAGAAAAAUAAAAAAGUCUCAGAGAUAGAGAACACUUACUCAGGCAGUUGGCUUCAGAACAACUAAACACCAAGCAAAGAAGCUAUGAGACAGUCGUUUAAAUACACACAGCUGAACGAGACACACAGGGCCAUGUGGGUUUGGAUUUUGUUUUCUCUUCAUAAUAAAAACCUUCAUUUAUAAA